AUGAAACAGAGCGAUCGUCUUUUGCCAGUGGCUAAUGUAGCUGGGAUUAUGAAGAAGUCUAUUCCAGGGUCAGCUAAGAUAUCUAAAGAUGCUAAGGAAAUGAUGCAAAGAGCGGCUUCUGAGUUUAUUGCGUUUAUUACGUGUAAGGCACAGGAUCUCUGUAAGAUAGAGAAGCGGAAGACUUUGACGGGCGAGGAUUUAGUUCUAUCAAUGGAGCAUUUAGGGAUGCCUUCGCAUGCGGAUGCCGGUCGACGGUUGCUUUAUAAGCUACGAGAAGGCGGGGCGCAGUAUGAGCAUGGGUUUUCAGCACCUGUUUCAGCGGCGCAUUGGAAGCCUUACUGCCAAUAA